CAGUACAUGACCUGAUCCUUGAAAGUCGAAACCAGAUGGAAGUCGUCGCACAUUGCCAACCACAUAUCGCCAGCUCAGUGCGACAGACCCUGGACAUUUAACACCCCUGUGGUUCAUCUGCGAUUAGGAGUUGACUCGUCCCUCAUUUGUUUUUCUUUUACCAGGGAUCUCACCUCUCUUCAACGGCUGCCAGACUGCAUGCUGCGCAAUAUACUUGCUCACCAUGUCCGAGGAACGGUCCAAGAUCUCGUUGCGGAGCGGGGGGAAACGGAAGGGCCGACCAGCCCUCAAGAUCUCUGGGCCUAUUUUGCAGCAGGAUGUCGGAACUCGGGAACCGUCUGGGCGGCCAGUCGCAGAGGAUGUUCCUCGCCCGCGCCCUCGUCCCCCGCCGCAACGUAGUGCCAAGACCUCAGAUCUUGUCAAGCGGCGAUAUUCCACGCGCUUCAACAACGUCCCGGCCGAUUUCGACCCAACAACAAACCCGAUGCCCUCGCUUCCGAGCCUAGAUCAGUACUCGCAAGACCAGGCUCAGGAUCGCCGGCCGCCCGCGUCAAGAUCAGGACGAAGUGAAAGUGCGGGCGGAGGACGCCCGGGGCUCCAAGUGGAUGUGGGAGCGCUUCGAGAUCCCAAUUUAGUCCCUGAGCAAUAUGUUGCCGAGAUUCUCAGCGAGGCGACCGAGGAUGAAAUCCGCGACUACGAGACCGCUCUACGGAAGCUCAAGAGCCGAGCUUCGACCGACCUCCAGCAGAGUGUCUACCAAAACCGCACUCAGUUCAUCAAGAUCAGCAAGGAGGCCGAGAAGCUCAAGAGUGAGAUGCGCACGCUCAGGAACCUCAUGGCAGAGCUCAAGGCCAACACGACCGCGCUACGAUCGGCUACCAACAGCGCGGAAGACACGGGAUUCAAUGGCCAAAUAGGCACGGGGCUGAGCAGGAGGGACAAGCGAAGCUCCGUGGCCGAUAGGACCGCGCUCUGGAGUUCCCAGAUGCAAGCCCUGUACAAGAAUGUCGAGGGUUCGCAAAAGUUCCUCCCAAACACCCCGGGACGCCAUGUCGUGCAGAAUGCUGGACCGUGGGUUGAGCUCGACAACGCCACCUACCGUUCAAGAAGAGCGAUGCAGAUCUUCUUGUUGAACGACCACCUCCUGAUCGCCUCGCGGAAGAAGCGGAAGACGGAUGGACAGGCCGCCGCCGAUAGCCGCGCCCCCAUGACGAAGCUUGUGGCCGACCGCUGCUGGCAUCUCCUGGACGUCGAGGUGGUGGACAUGGCUGGCUCCAGCGAGUCAUCAAGCGGGAGGAACAAGCUCGCCGAUGCCAUCAUGGUCAGGGGUGGCGGCCAGAACGAGUCGUUCAUCUACCGGACCGAGAAGCCCGAGGACCCAGAAAAGGCGGCCCUCAUUCUCAACAUCCGCAAGCGAGUUGAGGAGCUGCGGAGGAAUCUGCAGUCGGAACGAGAGGCCACCAACAAGGCCAAGGAAACUAUCAACUACUUUGCCUCACGGGACCCCGGCCUGCUGCAGAAAACCGAGCUCCUUGAGACAUUGUCUGACAUCAAGGACAUGUUGAUUGAGGUGGACGGCAAACAGCAGAACCUCCGCUGGGUCGAGAGCCAGAUGGACGAGCUGGACAUACACAUCGCCCUCCAGCAGAUCGAGCCGGCCGUUGUCCUGAUUGAGAAACUCAAGAGCCUGGCGUAUGGCUUGAGGAAUAAUGUCAUCGCCCAGGAUUUCAUCUCGUUCAAGGUUGAUGAGAGGCGGGCAAAGCUGGCGGCACUGGUCGUCCGGGAACUCGUCAGCACACACAAUCAGCAACGGAAGACGAAUCAGAACGUGUCCUGGUUGACUCGACUAGGGUUUGAGGACCGGGCGCGCGAGGCGUAUCUGGAGGCGCGCAGUCAGACGAUCCAGAAGCGGUCGAGGCAAUGCAUUUUCCAGGGCAACCUGGACCAAUACAUCUGGGAGAUCUCUUUCGUCUACUUCACCAUCAUCCGCAACACGGUCAGCUGCUUCCAGGCCUGCUUCCCGCCGCCCAUGAUGAGCGCCUGUGUCAAGUGGGCCAAGGAGGAGGUGGAUGCCUUCAACGCCAUUCUCGCCCGGCAGCUGAGCGGCGAGCGGGAAGGGAGCGAGGCUUGGACGCGGUGCAUGGACACGGCUAGGGAGCAUGCCAGUAUGCUUUCGGAGGUUGGUCUGGAUUUCCGCAAUUUGGUUGGUCAGAAGGCGGCGGAGGUGUCGCCGACUGCGCCAUCGGGGUUGGGGAUUGUCGGAGCACCGGCUGCUUGAACAGGGGCAUUUUCUGGGUUUUAGGCGUGCUUGGACGAGGGGUUCGACGUGAUCUAGCAGAAGAAGGUAGUUUCAAACCCUAUAAGGCGGAUCGCAAACAUGUUUCUAUCUUAUCAGUAACAGAAUAUUUUGCUGGUCUCUGUUUUCGCUGUUCCAGACCGACAGCCUCAAACCGCCAACACCAAGAGGCGUCCUGAAGACGCCUCACCUCUCACCCCGGCCGUUCGCAAUACCGGGGGCUGCAUCAGGGUAUAGAGGACCAGUCGGGUGUCAACUGUUGGCGCCCUCAACAUUGAAUGGGACCGAUUCUCCUAUCGUUGAUAGAAGAUAGCAAAUUGAGUUUGUUU